CGCGUGCCUAGCGUCUUGCUGCAGCUCGUAGUUCUCUCUCUUUAUUCUUCUUCGAAGAUGAGGAGGCCGGCCAUCGUUUCUUCCUGAUUGUGGCUCGUUGGGCAGUCAGUUGGGACCCGCCAGUACUUUAGGUUUUCUCUGCAAUACAGUGGAUACAAUUUGUUAUGGCUACUCUGAGUGUUAUAGGUUCAAGUUCACUUAUUGCCUCUGCUGUAUUCCAGAAUAUACAGAAAUCUCCUGAGAUAAGGCCACUCUUUUAUAUGAGCUUUUCUGACCUCCUCCUGGGGAUAUGCCGGCUCAUUGAGGCACUUCUCUAUGGAACUUCAGCAGCCAGUAAGGACAUUGUUUGCUAUAACUUGCAAGCAGUUGGACAGAUAUUCUACAUUUCCUCAUCUCUUUACACCGUCAAUUACAUCUGGUAUCUGUACAAAGAGCUGAGGAUGAGACACAACCAGAGUGGACAGAACACAUUUGCACUGGUUGUAGAUUAUACUUGUCAUGUUGGUCAAAUAGCCAUCAUUUUGUCAAGCCUGAUACCUCUGCUGUUGAUGAUACCUGUAUUCUGUCUGGGCAAUGUCAGUGAAUGUUUCCGCAACUUCAGUCAGAGCCACAGGGGUAUUCUGAUGUAUUCACCACCGUCAGCCAUGGCUGAACUGCCUUCUGUCAACACAUCAGUCUGUACCACACUUUAUUUUUAUGGGAUCACCAUUUUCCUGACCAGCUUUCUCCUCAGCCUCCUUGCUAUUGUGGUCUUACUCAUCCAAACCCAGACCCUAUAUAAGAAGUUUGUGAAAUCGAUUGGCUUUCUGGGGACCGAACAGUGGGCAGUGAUUCACAUCGUGGAACAGCGAGUGCGCUUCUAUCCAGUGGCCUUCUUUUGCUGCUGGGGCCCAGCCGUCAUUCUGAUAAUCAUGAAGUUGACUAAGCCACAGAACAUGAAGCUUCACAUGGCCCUCUGUGUUCUCCAGGCUCUAACAGCAUCAUCCCAGGGUCUGCUCAACUGUGGAGUAUAUGGCUGGACACAGUACAAGUUCUACCAACUAAAGCAAGAGGCUCGGCGUGAUGCAGACACCCAAACACCAUUAUUAUGCUCACAGAAGAGAUUCUAUAGCAGGGGCCUAGAUACAGUGGAAUCUACCCUUGCUUUUGCUACCAGCCCUCCACCAUUCUUUGAAACUGUAAUACUGGAACAUCCAGGAACCGGAGUUAUUCCACACUAAUGGAUUGGGAAGAGUGUUGGGGAACAUCUCCAGUCUUUUCCAACCAUGCCUUGAACUAUGGAAGGGAAAGAGGAUGUAGUGCGUGCUUAGUGGCUUUUCUCAUUGAAUUGGGCAGGAUCUCUCUAGUAUUCUCAGAUUCGCUUGUGAUUCUUAAAGUCUUAUUCAGAGAGGUGAAGCCACUGUCCUAUGAAAUAGACUCCUGUUACCUCAGUGAAUAUUAGAUUUGUUUAAAUCUCUUAUAGAUAAAUUCUAGGUUAUUAUUUAUAUGUGUCCUUUCCAGGCUCUCUACUCUGUGAUUGUGGGGGAAGUAGGGUGACAUACAACAACUUGCUCAGAUUUUGCCAGUAUUGUUACUCUAAGACCAGACAAAGAAAAUCCUGGGUUUCUGUUCUUUGAAGGUUUCUGAGACUCAGAAGAAACAAAGACAGUAACUACCAAAAAAGUGACCGUGGGAUCCUCAGGCAUAUCCUACUCUGUUAUUUGCUCAGUGCUGUUUCAAGUCUCAACAGUAGGGACCGUCUGCUCUAGAAAAUUAAGGCCAAUCUUAUGAAGUUACAGAGGAUAAGAAGAUUUAAGAGAAAUCAGGAUUAAAAGAAACUUUAGAUAUCAAAAACUCUCAACUCCAUUUACAAGCAGAAGUCCAAAGGUAGGUUUCAUAGUGCCUGAACAUAGAAUUACGUUGAACCAUGUGAACUUGCCAUUUUUAUAGGUGAAGAAGGCCUAAUUUCAAUUUUACAUGGUUCGACCUACUGCUAAGUGCUAAAUGUAUGUUUAUAGAAAAAAAAAUGAAUGAACAAGUGAAUGAAUGGCUAGUAAGGAGAAUUUGAACCUUUUGGGAAAGAAAAGAUUUCCAGCCUGCAGAGUCACAUUCAUAGUAGGAAUGUCUAAUCCAUUUCUUUAACUAUACAACAAGUGAUGUUUGGUCUCUCCAGUUAAGUCAUGAACAAGUCUGAGGCCAGGGCAUCAUAUACUAUGAUGCCCAAAGAAAGAGGAAAGCCAAGUAGACAAAGUGGCUGGAAUGAGAAUCAACUACAACACCUAGAGUUAAUAAUCAGAUGCUUCUCACCUGAUAUACUCCUUUGGUUUGUCCAAGGAAAAAUCCUUAAGAUUAGAGAAAAUUUACAAAGUAGAUUACAGUAGGGGAUUAGACAGGAUGCUCUGAAACGUAAGUUCCAGAGAUUGUUCCAAGGAACUCUCUACAGAAAUGUUAGGGAGCUCACAGUAACAGCUUAAACAUUAAAAAAAAAAAAAAAAAAAAUCACAUCUUGAGGCCUCUCAUUGCCCCAGAGCUCUGGAGACCUGAUUUCUGGAUAGCACAGAACAGGAAAGAUUGCUUCACCAAGGGAGCUGCUUUAACCUCUUUUAAUUUAAAAAUGAAUAAGUAUUUGACAUUUGAAGAGACAGAUGGAAAAAAGAAAGAAUUCCUAUUUCCAUAGACCUUGAGGGACACCAGAACUACAGAGUCCAAUUGUUAAAAAGUCCUUUUAGUGUCACUUCAUAUUUGGCUUUAUUACCAGAAAGAGGGUAAUUAUCAAAUGUUUGUCAAGUUUGUUCAUCUUGCUUCUCUGAUGAAUUUUUAAAUUGACACUGGUCUUACAUCUUCUAUACAUGUAAGCAAAUAAAUAGAUAGUAGGAAUGAGGAAUUGUAAAAGGCUAGGCAAGAUCCAGAUCAGUAUUGUCAGCUUUUUAUCAUACUGAGAAACAGAGGGGACACGUAGAACUGGGCCACUAUUCAAACUGUCCCCAUAACCUUUAGAUUCACAUGUAGGAAGGGUAUAGACAGAUAUAGUGGCAGUUCUUAAAAUUGUUGCAAAUACUCCUCCAUGACACUUGUCCAGGCUGUAGUCAUAAUGGAGUAUAGUGGUUUUAUCUAAGCAGGUUUGAUUAAUAUAGAUUUUCUGUGGACCACUUUGGGUACCAUCCUUCAUCUCCCUGUCAUCAAUUCUGUCUGUGGCUUCAAAAAACUGUGCAUUCCAAUACCACAUGUCCCACACGGGGAACUGGGUGCUUGAUGUUUUUCAGUUCAGUCAACAGCUUUUCACAUUUUGCAUCUUUGGCCUUGCAGUUAAUGAAGAUCUUAACCAUCCCUUUAGAUUCACUGCCACAGUUUCUAAACCUGUCACUCUUGGUAUCCAGGUAAUGAUAUCAACUUUCUAGGCAACCUUCGUGCCCUUUCCAAAGAUUUUAACACACUGAUUCUCUGUGCUUUAACACCAGUCCUGCUAACAGUAACCUUGUUCUUUUUAAGGUGUGCUGUCUUGCUGGUAGAUAUCUGUCUGGCACCACCUUGAGGUGCCAUUACUGUGUUCUGGGAGGUCACACUCAUCUACACUGAGGCAGCACUUUCUACCUUUAGAAAUAUGCAGGUUUUGGAGAAGGAUCCAAGUGUGCAGUCUGAAACUUUCUUCAGCUGGCAUGAGGGCAGACAACAAUGAUCCUUUUAACAAUCACUGCCACAAUCACAUUCUUUUCCUUUAUUUAUUGUCUUUUUUUUUUUUUUUUUUUUUUUUACAAUAUGGCUUCCCAAAGGAGCUUUGGAGCUCAGGUUUAUUAAACAGAGAGUUCCCUCAGUGCUUGUACAACAGCUGGUGGAAGUUGUCAAAGCUGCAGUUGCUGAAGCCCAUAUCUACAGUAAGAAAUUCAUGCAUAGGGCAGAGGUUCUGGUUAUGACACUUGCAGGCCACAUGGUCAUGGUUCAUUCCCAAGUUCAAGCUCAUGAGCCAUAAAAGCUGUGAAAUGUGGUAUAUUUUCAUGAGAUAAGGAUUCAGUACUGGUUGCAUUCUCAGCACUGCAGAUAACAUUAAGAAAUGCAUGGUCCUUGUAGUUCCCAAGACUUUGGCUUAAUGAUCAUAUGAGUAACAUUAUGCUUCACCCUUCUCAAAAGAUGCCAGUCUGUCUAGCAGUUAAAAAUUUGAAGUGUUUCUUACAAAUUCAGGGAGAUUUUCUGGUUUCUCUGUGUCCAUAUCUUUAACCCAGUAAGUAAUACUGUCACGUUUACUUCCUUCAUGUACCAGUUAACCAUAGCAUGAACAUCCAUUACCAUCUGUGUUGUCUUGGUAACAUUAUUCCACAUUUGGAACUGCUUGUUGUCAACCACAGUAAACAUUUCUGCAUACUUGGGAAGUGACUACAUUUAGGACAUUGGAAACGAGGAGGGUUCUAUUUUGCUGUGAAAUUGUGAAGUGGUUAAGAGCUCCUCCUGUUCAUCUCCACUGACUACAUAAGACUAACCUGAUUUUAAAGAUAUGCUGAAAACCAUAUGCUCAAAAUUCUUUGAAGUGUGUAUAGGUUUGAUGCCAAAGACAAUGUCAUGUAAGGUCAGGAUUCCCUGUAUAGCCCAGCAAGUGCUGAUAAUAACAAGAGAAUGCAGGCUACCCUCUGAAUACCCAGUCGUCCUGAAUAAAAGCCAUGAUCCAAGCUUAGUUUUUCAUUUUGAUGUUUAUAAACAGAGAAGUUCUUGACAAAUAUCCCUAAACCUUAUCAAUGACCAUUUGAUUUCAUAGAGGAAAGGGCAGAAGGGAGGCAAAAUAACUAGGGUUGUCAUUGUCAUGGCCCAGUUGAAGCAACUAAUGAUCCUGCACUUCUGUCUCAGUUGCGUUCCCCAAGAUCCAGAUCUUUGUCCACGACACAGUUGUUUGGCCAAAGCUCAAAGCUUUGCUGCCUGUCAGAAGGAUAGCUGCCCCAAGCCUGAACAUUACAUGAUGACAUCUGCUAUUUGAUUGUGCCUCCUCCUACUCUUGUUUUGCUCUGUCUUCUCAGUAGUGUCCUUACUUUGUAACCCUCAUCAAAGCACAACAAUUGUGCUGCUUAGCUGAACUCCUGCUGUCUUUAUAGAGGAGUAUACCAAGGAGAGGAAACUUUCAGAGGUCCUGCCAAUACUGUUACUCAGCAUCAAGCCCCAAGGAAAGAAAAAGAUACAACCUUCUUCUUUAGUCCUAGUCGUAGUCCUCAUGGGACAGUCUUCCCCUCCUGUCAUUCAUUGUUCUUUUGAGUCAUUGAAACCAAAGGUUUCAGGAACAGGGGUUUGUGGAUCUCUGGGUAGGUCACAGGCCUCUGCUGUUGAAUGCAUUUUGCAUCAUUCCCUACUCUGUACUCUACAGCCCUUUUCAAACCCUCAGUCCUUUUCUUUCUUUCUUUCUUUCUUUCUUUCUUUCUUUCUUUCUUUCUCUCUCUUUCUUUCUGUCUUUCUGUCUUUCUUUCUCAUGAUAUGUUUAUUGGUUUAUUCCUAGAAUACAUGAAAAGUGGUUUUAGAAUAACUAAUUCAUGCCUCUCUGAAAAGCAGGUAUAUGGGGGUGCCUGGGUGGCUCAGUCAGUUGAGCGUCCAACUUCAACUCAGGUCAUGAUCUCGCGGUUUGUGGGUUCAAGCCCCAUGCCGGGUUCUGUGCUGACAGCUCAGAGCCUGGAGCCUGCUUUGUAUUCUGUGUCUCCUCUUCCCCUCCCAUGUUCAUGCUCUGUCUCUCUCUCUCUCUCUCUCAAAAAUAAAUAAAUGUUAAAAAAAUUUUUUUUAAAAGAAAAGAAAAACAGAUAUAUGAACUGGAGAAUGGUAUGAGGUCAAAAUAAUGUUUUCCAAAAUUAUUUCAGUUAGUACUUCUCUAUCUAGAUCUAUCCACUCUGAUGAUAUUAUUCCUUUUGGAUACAGUUAAGUUCAUAUGUUACUAUUUGUAUUUAAUUUUGGGUUUUCCCUCACAUUUUGGAUGAUGAUGAAUAUUUGGGGGACAUGUGAAAUAUUACCAUGAUUCUAAAACUCAGUACUAUCCCAAAAAUAUACCCAAAAGUACACCUCCUUGAGCCUUUAAUCUGUUCCUGUGUCCUACUUCUUUCCAUCCAGUUACCAACCACCAAUCUUAAUAGUACUCAAGUUUAUUUUUCCUGUAUUUCUUCCUGCACAAAUUAACAGAUACAUGUAUAUUUUCUUAUAGCCUCUUCUUUAUUAUGUAAAGGUAGCAUAACAUUUUCCACUUUCCUUUUUAAAGUUACAUCCUAUAAAUUAUUUCCAUAGCAGGUCAAUGAAAUCUUCCUCAUUCUCUCUCUCUCUUUUACUGGUGCAUAGUAUCCAUAUUGUGGAUGUAAUUUAUUUAAUCACUCUCCUAUGUGUGGGCUUUUCAGUUGUUUACAUUAUUUUGAAAUUACACCCAUACAUCAACAAAUAAUCUUACACAUAUGUAUUUUUGUGGAGGCAAGUUCCUCCAAAAUGGGAAGGCAGUGCCCAAAGCUAACUGCAUAUGUAGCUUUGUUUGAUAUUGCCAAAGUCCCCUUCAGAAGGGUUUUGCCAGUUGCAUUCCCACUAGCAAUGUAUUAGAGUGCCUAUUUUCCCACACUGUAAGUAACAGAGUUAUGUUACCAUUUCAUAAAUUUUAAUUUUCACCAAAUAGGUAAGAAGUGGCAUCUUACUUUUGUUUAAGUUGUAUUUUUCUAAUUUUGAAUGAAUUUGAACAUGUUUGAAUAUGUUUAAGGCCGUUUUUAUAUCUUUUAAUAGUUAUCUCUUCAUGUCCUUUCCCCUUUUUCUAUCAAGCUUUUGGUCUUUUUUCUCCCUAACCUUUUUCCCCAGCUUUAUUAAGGUAUAAUUCAUGAAUAAAAUCACAUAUAUAUUAAACUGUACAACAUGCUGACUUAUGUAUAUACGUAUAAAAUAUGUAUUAAAUAUAUUUAUGUAAAUAUAAAUUUUCUAAAAGGCAAAGGAGCUAGAAGAGUUAAAAUAAUUUCCAAGAAGUGGCGCCUGGGUGGUUCAUUCGGUUAAGCAUACAACUCUUGAUUUCAGCUUAGGUCAUGAUCUCAUGGUUCGUGAGUUUGAGCCCCUCAUCAGGCUCUGAGUUGAUGGCACAGAGCCUGCUUGGGAUUUUCUGUCCCUUCUCUCUGCCCCUCUCCCACUCAUGCUCUCUAUCUAAAAAUAAAUAAAUUUAAAAAAAAUUAAAAAAUAUAAUUUUGGAGAAUAACAUGAAAGGAACCAGUAUAUUCAAUUUGAAGACUGUGUGGUAUUGGUGAUGAGACAGAUACACAGAUCAAUCAAACAGAAAAGAGAACUCACACAUGUAUGGCCAACUAAUUUUUGACAGAGAGGCAAAAGCAAUUGCAUAGAUGAAAGACAGUCUUUUCAACAUAUGAUGCUGGAAAAUUAGACAUACAUAGACAAAAAAAUGACCUCAAGCUAAACCUCACAUUUUAUACAAAAAUCACUCCUAAAUGGGUCGUAGACUUAAAUAUAAAAUAUAAAACUAUGAAACUUUUUAGGAGAAAAUAUAGAACAUCUUUAGGACUUGGGGAGGAAUUCUUAAACGUGAUACCAAAAGUGUGAUCCAUAAAAGAAAUCCAUAAAUUGGACCUCAUCAAAGCUAAAAAAAAAAAAAAAAAAAAAAAAUCUUUAUUUAGAAAAGAUCCUGUUAAGAGUAUGAAAAGACAUGCUAUAAACUGGGAGAAAAUAUUUAUAGACCAUAUAUCUGAUAAGAGACUCAUCUAGAAUAUAUAAAGAACUCUAAUUACUCAACAAUCCAGUUAGAGAAUGGGCAAAAGAUGAAGAGACAUUUCACUGAACAGGAUAUAUGAAUAGCAGAUAAGCCCAUGAAAAGAUGUUUAACAUUAGUAGGCAUUAGAGGAAUGCAAAUUAAGACCCCCAAGAGAUCAUUAUAGACCUAUCAGAACAGCUAAAAUUUGAAAAAUAGGGACCAUGCCAAAUGUUAAUGAGGACGCAGAGAAACUAGAUCUUUCAUACAUUUCUGAUAGGAGUGUAAAAUUGUAUAGCAACUCUGGAAAACAAGUAGUUUCUUUAAAAAACUAAGCAAAUGGUAUGACUUAGCAAUUAGGGUUCUGGAUAUUUAUCCCAGAGAAAUGAAAAUGUAUGUCUGCAUAAAAAUCUGUACAUAAAUAAUUACAGAAGCUUUAUUUCUAAUAGCUAAAAACUGGAAGCAACCAAAGUGUUCCUCAAUAGGUGAAAGGUUAAACUGUGUUAAGUCCAUAUUAUGUAUUAGCAUCAAAAAGGGACGAAACAUUGAGCCACAAAACAACUUAGCAGGAUCUCAAGGACAUUAAGGUGAGUGAAAAAAGCAAUAUCAAAAGGUUAGAGACCAUAUGAUUCUGUUUGUGUAACAUUUUUGAAAUGACAGUAUUAGAGAUGGAAAAGAUAUUAGUGGUUGCCAGGGGUUAGGAAUGGUGGAGUGACUAUAUAGAGGGGUGGUAUGAAUGAGAUCUUUGUGGUGAUAGCAUAGUCCUCUAUCUUGAUUGUGGUGGUGGUUACAGAAAUCUACACAUGAUAAAAUGGCAUAGAACUCUUCACAUUGUUUCAGUGUCGAUGUCCCGGUUGUGACACUCUUCUGUAUCAAAGGGGAGAAACUCAGUGAAAAGUAUAUAUGACCUUUUUAUGUUAUAUUUGCAAUUUCCCAUGAAUUAUUUCAAUACUUUUUUUUUAAUACCAACAUGACUGCCAAACACAUUUAAACUAUUAGAAAUAUAAGGAGGGACGCCUGAGUGGCUCAGUAGGUUAAGCGUCUGACUCUUGAUUUUGGUUCAGGUCAUGAUCUGAGGGUUGUGGAAUUGAGUCCCACAACAAACUCCAUGCUGAGUGAGGAGUCUGCUUGGGAUUCUCUCUCUUCUUCUUCCUCUCUCUCUCAUUCCCUUUCUCUCCCUCUCCCCACCCCCCUGUCUUCCCCCACCCCUGCUCAUGUGCACACUCUGUGUCUCUAAAAUAAAAACAAAAAUUAAAAAAGAACUGUAACAAACAGCUGAUAAAAACAUAAUUUAAGAGGAAGUUUUAUUUACUAAAACAAUUUUUUUUAGAAAGAGGGCUCAAGUGAGCAACAGAGAGAGAGAGAGAAAGAGGAGGUGGGGCUCACCCGGGGCUUGUGUCUUACCUUAAGUGGGGCUUGUGCUCACCCGAAGUGAGGUUCGUGGGGUUCGUGCUCACCAGAAGCGGGGCUUGUGCUCACCCAAAGCAGGACACAAGCUCACCUGAAGUGGGGCUUGAGCUCACCUGAUGUGCGACUCAAACUCAUGAACUGUGAGAUCAUGACCUGAGAUCAAGCAGACAAGUGAACUCAAAAAGAAAUCAUUGGAAAUAAUUCAGUCAGAGGAGCAAAAAGAAAAAAAAGAAAAGAAAAUGAAAGUUCAGGGAUUUAAAGGAUAUCAUAAAGCAGAGCAAUAUACACAUUAUAGGAGUCCCAGAAGGACAGAAAAAAAAAAGUAAAUAAAAGGACUAGAAAGCUUACUCAAAGAAAUAGAGGCUGGAAAAUUCACAGAUCUGGGGAAGGAAAUGGAUGUGUACAGAUCCAUGAAGACUCUAGAGAACACCAAACAGGAGGACUCCAAAAACAGCCACACUGAGACAUGUUAUAAUCAAAUUGUCAAAAGCCAAAGACAGAAAAUUUUGAAAUCAGAGAAAAGCAACUUGUCAUAUAAGAGGGAACAUUUAUGACUCUCAUUGGCUUUUUUCAGCAGAAAGUCUGUAGGCUAGAACAGAAUUGCAUGAUAUAUUCAAACUGAAAGAAAAAAACCCCUGCCAACCAAGGCUACUUUACCUGGCAAAAUUAUCCCCCCAAAAUGAAGAGAUAAAGAAUUUUCUAAACAAAGGUUGAAGGAGUUAAUCACUACUAUAACUGCCUUGAAAGAAAUGAUAAAGGAAGUUCUUCAAGUUGAAAUGAUGAUAAAAAUCAACACGAUGGCUUAAGAAAAUAUGAAACUCAUUGGUAAAGGCAAAUAUAUAGACAAAUACAGAAUACUGUAUUACUUUAAUGGUGGUAAAUAAAUUGCUUUUAGUUCUAGCAUAAAAAUUGAAAGACAAAAGUAUUGAAAGUAACAAAAUAUAUUACAAAAUACACAAUAUGAAUAGAUGCUAAUUAUGACAAUAAUAACAAAGUAGCAAGUGGGGUAGAAGUUAAAAUGUUGAUUUUUUUAAUGUGAUUAAGCUUAAGUUGUUAUCAGCUUAAAAUAGACCCUUAUAGGGGGCGCCUGGGUGGCUCAGUCGGUUGAGCGCCGACUUCGGCUCAGGUCACGAUCUCGCGGUCCGUGAGUUCGAGCCCCACAUCGGGCCCCUGUGCUGACAGCUCAGAGCCCGGAGCCUGUUUCAGAUUCUGUGUCUCCCUCUCUCUGACCCUCCCCCAUUCAUGCUCUGUCUCUCUCUGUCUCAAAAAUAAAUAAACGUUAAAAAAAAAUAAAAUAAAAUAGACCCUUAUAACUAUAUUUUGUGUGAGCCCCAAGGUAACCACAAAAAUUACCAAUAGAAGUUACAAAAGAAAAAAGGAAGUAGUUAAAGCAUAUCAAUACCAAAAAAAUCAAUAAAAUGGAAAGGAAGACAAGAAAGGAAAAAGGCAGACGAAGUAACCAUAAAACUACCAGAAAACAGCAAAAUGGCAAUACUAAAUCCUUCCCUAUCAAUAAUUACUUUAAAUGUAAAUAGAUUAAAUUUCCCAACCAGAAGAUGUAAAGUGGCUGGAUGGAUUAAAAAAACAAGACUCUGUAAGAAACUCACUUCAGAUUUAUGGACACACAUAGGCUGAAAGUGAAGGGAUGGGAAAAGAUUCUAUGCAAAUGAUAAUUCAAAGAGAACAAAGGUGACUAUACUUAGGUCAGACAAAAUAGACUUUAAGUCAGGAUAGCCACAAGAGACAAGGACAUUAUAUAAUGAUAAAAGGAGUAAUCCACCAGGAAGAGAGAACAAUUAUAUAUGCACCUGACAUUUCAUGGGAAUACAAAGAUACUACAAAAACAUAGUAAAGACUGUUUACCAAAAUCUAAUAGCCCCUAAAUAUAUAAAGCAAAUAUGGGCAGAACUGAAUGGAGCAGAUAACAAUAUACAGUAAAACCUUGGAUUGCAAUUAACUUGUUCAGUGAGUGUCCCACAAGAUGAGCAAACAUUUCUAAUAAAUUUUAACUUGAUAACCGAGUGAUGUCUUGCAAUACAAGUAGUACAUAACGCCACAUGUGACAUGCUCACCACUGAGCCAAAGGUUGUUCUCUCUGUCUCUCUGUCUCUCUCAUUUGCUGAGGGAUUGUAGGAGAUUGUCUCCCAUGCUCAGAUGCUUGGUCUCAAGCCAUGGUGUUUGGCAGAAAUCAAUGAUUUUUCAGAACAUUGGAAGGUGCCCACAACCAGCAUUAGUGUAUUUUUUUUUUUUUUGUCACUUCAAAGCACCUAUAGACAUUCCUUUGCUUUUCCAUACAAGAGUAAGCUUAGGAAUGCUUGGCUUCAUUGUAGGUCAGGCUGCCUGCAGUUAUUGACCCUUUCCUAUGCUGCCUUAUUGCCACUUACAUUAAAUACAGUAUAUGACAAGUUUAUUAAUACUGUACUGUAGUCAAUAUCCAUUAGUGGUAGUGAAAGUCAUACUACACAAUAACCCUACUCUCUCUUGUCUCCCUCACACCAGCCAAGAAGGUUUUCAAAGAUAAGUGCAGGUUAAUCUGUUUAUUUUUCCUUACAUUUUAUAUUUUCUUUAUCAUUUUGUAUUAUAUUACAGAAUUGUAAUCAUUUUUAUAUGAAUAUUUUGGGGGUGUGGAAUUAAUCAGCUCAGUUUCCAUUAUUUCUUAUGGGGAAAUUUGCUUUGAUAUACAAGUGCUUUGGAUUACAAGCAUGCUUCCAGAAUGAAUUUUGCUUGCAAACCAAGGUUUUACUGUACUAAUAAUAGGGGACUUCAAUAUCUCACUUUCUUUUUUUUUUUUAAUGUUUAUUUUUGAGAGAGACAGAGAGAGAGAGAGAGAGAGAGAGAGAGAGAGAGAGUGUGUGUGUGUGAGAGAGAACAAGGGAGGGCCAGGGAGAGAGGGAGACACAGAAUCUGAAGCAGGCUCCAGGCUCUGAGCUGUCAGCACAGAGCCCAGUGUGAGGCUCGAACUCACGAAUUGUGAGGUCACGACUUGAGCCCAAGUCGGACGUUUAACCAACUGAGCCACCCAGGCGCCCCAUUAUAUUCCACUUUCAAUAAUGGGUAGGACAUCCAGGUAGAGUAUCAAUAAAGAAACAGAGGACUUAAUAUAGACCAAAUGGACCUAAUAGACCUAUCAGAGCAUUGAACCUAACGGGGGGCAGAAUAUACAUUCUUCUUAAGUGCACCAUACACAAAAAUCAACUCAAAAUGAAUUAAAGACUUAAAUCUAAUACCUGAAACUGUACACCUCCUAGAAAAAGCUUCAUGACAUUGAAAUGAUUUCAUGGAUAUGCUAUCAAAAGCACAAACAACAAAAAUAAAAAUUAGUGGGACUACAUCAAGCUAAAAAGCUUCUGUACAGCAAACAAUCAACAGAAUGAAAAGUCAGGUUUCAGAGUGGGAGAGAUUAUUUGCAAACCUGAUACCUGUUAAGGAGUUCAUCUCCAAAAUAUAUAAGGAACUCCUACAACUCAGUAGCAAAGUUAAUAUCCCAAUUAUAAAAUGGGCUAAGGACUUGGAUAGACAUACUUCAAAGAAGACAUACAGAUGGCCAACAAAUGUAUGAAAAAAUGUUCAACAUUAUAAUUAUCAGGGAAACGUAAAUCAGAACUACAGUGAGAUAUCCCCUCAUAGCUGUUGGGAUGGCUAUUAUCAAAAAAACAGUGUUAGGAUUUGUCGAAAUUAGCCGCCUUGCACACUGUUGGUGGGAAUGCAAAACAGUGUGACCACUAUAAAAAACAAUAUCGAGAUUCCUCAAAACAACUAAAAAGGAACUAUCCUACAAUCCAGCAAUCCCAUUUAUAGCACUUAUUUAAACAAUUGAAAUAAGGAUCACAAAGAGACACUAGCAUUCCCAUGUUCAUUGUAGCCAAGUUUACCAUAGCCAAGAUGUAGAAACAAUGUUGAACAGGUAAAAUCUGCAUGUAUGUACCACAGAAUACUAUUCAAUCUUAAAAAAUAAGGAAGUCCUGCAAUAUGUGAAAACAUAGAUGAACCUUGAGGACAUUAUGCUAAAUAAAAUAGGGAAAUCACAGAAAGAUACUGCAUAAUUCCACUUAUAUGAGGUAUCUAAGCCAAAUGCAUAGAAUCAAAAAAGUAGAAUGGUGAUUGUCACAGGCUGGAGAAUGGGGAUUUAUUAAUAAAGUUUCAGUUAAGCAGGGUGAAUAAGUUCUGGAAAUCUGUACAACAUUAUAUCUAUAGUCAACAAUAAUGUAAAGUACUUAAAAUUUUAUUAAAAAGGUAGAUUUCAUGUGUUGUUACCACAAUAAAAAAAUGAAAAAUUUAGGAAUAUAUGAUAUGGGUACAGAAGAGAUUUGAAACUACAAAUAUAUUUGUGCAAAUUUGUUUUCACUAAAUUUGAAAAUCUAAAGGAAAAUAUGGAAGGUUCUGUAUGGAAUUAAUGUAAUCAUAAUACCCCAACUUGAUAAAGAUGGCAUUUUUUAAAGGCAGAGAUAAUCUCACUUAUUCUGAAUGUAGACACAACCAAAAAGGUAUAUCAAAAAUAGAAUCUUGUAUAUUGGAGGAAAAUAUACAAAAAAAGAAUUUAUGCCAUGAAAACAGACACAUAGAUCAACGGAACAGAAUAGAAAAUACAGAAGUAGACCCACAAAUGUCUGGCCAACUAAUCUUUGACAAAACAGGAAGGAAUAUCCAAUGGAAAAAAGACCGUCUCUACAGCAAAUGGUGUGGGAAAACUGGUCAGUGACAUGCAGAAGAAUGAACCUGGACAGCACUUCCUUAACACCAUACACAAAAAUAAAUUCAAAAUAGAUGAAAGACCUAAAUGUAAAACAGGAAACCAUCAAAGUCUUAGAGGAGAAAAUAGGCAGCAACCUCUUUGACCUUGGCCACAGCAACUUCUUACUCAACACAUCUGGAGGCAAGGGAAACAAAAGCAAAAAUGCACUAUUGGGACCUCAUCAAGAUAAAAAGCUUCUGCACAGUGAAGCAAACAGUCAUCAAAAUAAAAAGGCAACCAACGGAGUGGGAGAAGACAUUUGCAAAUGACAUAUCAGAUAAAGGGUUAGUAUCUAAAAUCUAUAAAGAACUUACCAAACUCAACACCCAAAAAACAAAUAAUCCAGUGAAGAAAUGGACAGA